AGUGUCGCACGGGAGCGGGAACCGCGGCCUCAGAUGAGGCGCCCUGGGUUCCACAUUCAGCGGGGAUGUCGGAUCCGGGGCCUCGGGGUCUGCACUGGGGCUCGAUCCCGCGCAGCCGAGGGGCGGCGCUGGUUCCCGGCUCCCGCCAGGGACAGCGGAGCUCGGGAGGGGGCGCCGGAUCCCGCGUCUCCGGCGCGACUUCCCGGGAAGUUUCAAGUAGGAAAGCCCUGGCGGAGGGGGCCGGGGCUUCCGGAACCGGAGUGGUGGAGAGGAGGGGCCGAGCAGCGGGAGCGGCGCCAUGGAGGAGGGGGCGCAGCCGCAGCCUGGGGCAGGCCAUCGGCCUCUGGAGGAUGAGAAAGAGGUGAUCCGCCGGGCCAUCCAGAAGGAGCUGAAGAUCAAGGAGGGUGUGGAAAACCUGCGGCGGGUGGCCACAGACCGCCGCCACCUGGGCCACGUGCAGCAGCUGCUGCGGUCCUCCAACCGCCGCCUGGAGCAGCUGCAUGGAGAGCUGCGGGAGCUUCAUGCCCGCAUCCUGCUGCCCGGGCCUGGGCCGGGCCCGGCUGAGCCCGCGGCCUCAGAACCUCGGCCGCUGGCCGAGCAGGCAAGAGCCCGGCACCUGGAGGCUCUACAGAGGCAGCUGCAGGUGGAGCUGAAGGUCAGGCAGGGGGCUGAGAACAUGACCCACACCUACGCCAGUGGCACUCCCAAGGAGAGGAAGCUGCUGGCAGCCGCCCAGCAGAUGCUCCAGGACAGCCAGCUGAAGGUGGCCCUGUUGCGAAUGAAGAUCAGUAGCCUGGAGGCCAGCGGGUCCCCCGAGCCAGGUCCUGAGCUGAUGGUAGAGGAACUACGGCACCGUCUACGCAUCGAGGCUGCCGUGGCUGAGGGCGCCAAGAACGUGGUGAAGCUGCUUGGUAGCCGGCGAACACAGGACCGCAAGGUGCUGGCCGAGGCUCAGGCCCAGCUCCAGGAGUCCUGCCAGAAACUGGACCUCCUGCGGCUGGCCUUGGAGCAGCUGCUGGAGAGACUGCCUCCUGCUCACCCUCUGCGCGGCAGAGUGGCCCGGGAGCUGCGGACUGCUGCGUCUGGGAACCCGCAGCCUUCAGGGACACUUGUGAAACCCACCGCCAUGACAGGGACACUGCAGGUCCGCCUCCUGGGCUGUGAGCAGCUGCUGACGGCGGUGCCUGGACGUUCCCCCGCGGCCGCGCUGGCCGGGAGCCCCUCCCAGGGCUGGCUUCGGAGCAGAGCCAAGCAGCAGCGUGGGGGAGGCGAGCUGGCCAGUGAGGUGCUGGCCGUGCUGAAGGUGGACAAUCGCGUUGUGGGCCAGACGGGCUGGGGGCCUGUGGCCAAGCAGUCCUGGGACCAGACCUUUGUCAUUGCGCUGGAGCGGGCCCGGGAGCUGGAGAUCGGGGUCCACUGGCGGGACUGGAGGCAGCUGUGCGGUGUGGCCUUCCUGAGGCUGGAGGACUUCCUGGACAAUGCCUGUCACCAGCUGUCCCUCAGCCUGGUGCCACAGGGACUGCUCUUUGCCCAGGUGACCUUCUGUGACCCUGUCAUUGAGAGGAGGCCCCGACUGCAGAGGCAGAAACGCAUUUUCUCAAAACGCAGAGGUCAGGACUUCCUGAGGGCUUCCCAGAUGAAUCUCAGCAUGGCGGCCUGGGGACGCUUGGUCAUGAGCCUGCUGCCCCCAUGCAGCUCCCCAAGCACCAUCAGCCCCCCCAAAGCGUGCUCCCAGACUCCAGCCACACCCCAGCGGGCCACCGACCCCGACUCGCCCAGUAACUUCCCACCCAAGAAGACCCCCUUGCGAGAAGAGAUCCAACCCCUACCCAAGCCCCCUCGCCUCUACCUGGCCCAGGAGCCAACCCCUGAAGAGAUGCCGCGCACCAAACGUCCCCACAUGGAGCCCAGGAUUCGACUCGAGCCGCCUCUGCCAGCCCCGGCUACCAGGAAACCCCCCCGGCUUCAGGACUUCCGCUGCUUGGCCGUGCUGGGCCGGGGCCACUUCGGGAAGGUCCUCUUGGUCCAAUUCAAGGGCACGGGGCAAUACUAUGCCAUCAAAGCGCUGAAGAAGCAGGAGGUGCUGAGCCGGGACGAGAUCGAGAGCCUGUACUGUGAGAAGCGAAUCCUUGAGGCUGUGGGCUGCACAGGGCAUCCGUUCCUGCUUCCCCUCCUCGCCUGCUUCCAGACCUCCAGCCAUGCCUGCUUCGUGACUGAGUUCGCGCCAGGUGGUGACCUCAUGAUGCAGAUCCAUGAGGACGUCUUUCCUGAGCCCCAGGCCCGGUUCUAUCUGGCCUGUGUGGUCCUGGGGCUGCAGUUCUUACACGAGCAGAAGAUCAUUUACAGAGACCUUAAGUUGGAUAAUCUUCUCCUGGACGCCCAGGGUUUCCUGAAGAUCGCGGACUUUGGGCUUUGUAAGGAAGGGAUUGGCUUUGGGGACCGGACGAGCACCUUCUGCGGCACCCCGGAGUUCCUGGCCCCCGAGGUGCUGACUCAGGAGGCCUACACACGGGCUGUGGACUGGUGGGGGCUGGGCGUGCUGCUCUAUGAGAUGCUGGUGGGCGAGUGCCCGUUUCCAGGGGACACCGAGGAGGAGGUGUUUGACUGCAUCGUCAAUGCGGAAGCCCCAUACCCCCGCUUUCUGUCGGUGCAAGGCGUCGAGCUUAUUCAGAAGCUCCUCCAGAAGUGCCCCGAGAAGCGCCUGGGGGCGGGCGAGCGAGAUGCUGAGGAAAUCAAGACCCAGCCUUUCUUCAGGACCACCGACUGGCAGGCUCUGCUCGCCCGCGCCGUCCAGCCCCCCUUUGUGCCCACCCUCUGCGGCCCCACAGACCUGCGCUACUUCGAGGGCGAGUUCACGGGGCUGCCGCCCGCCCUGACCCCACCUGACCCCCGAAGCCCCCUCACCGCCCGCCAGCAGGCUGCCUUCCGGGACUUCGACUUCGUGUCUGAGAGAUUCCUGGAGCCCUGAGGGCCUCCCGGCCUCUCCACCCCCUGCCCGCUCCCCCAUGCCGGACGGUUAGAGCCUCUGCUUUGCCCGCCUGUCUGCCCGCCUGGGCACGCAGGGAUUGAUGGGCCUUUGGGGCUCGAGGUGGCAGCCAUGGGGCUGUCGUGGUCACUGCUCAGUCACCAGGCGAGUGCUGCCCACCCCCUUCCCCCGACCUCCUCUCCCCUGCCCGCUGCGAGACCUAGACCAGAAAGCGUGGCGCAGCGAGGAAUGGUUUGGUUUUUUUUUUAAUACUUGACUUGCUUUAUGGUUCAUUAAAUUUAUAAAACUGUG